AUGAGUGAACGCGAGCUAGUUGAUAAUUGGUGUCCUCAUUUACCUUGGAGAGCAAAAAAUCCCUACGAAGAAGCUGAUUGUAAUUCAUUGGCAGAAAUUCGUACGGAUUUUAAUAUUCUCUACAAUAUGAUGAAAAAGCAUGAAGAAUUCCGAUGGAUGAGACUACGGAUCCGGCGAAUGGCUGAUGCGUGGAUCCAGGCAAUCAAGUCCCUGGCAGAGAAGCAGAAUCUUGAAAAGAGAAAGCGGAAGAAAGUCCUUGUUCACCUGGGCCUCCUGACUAAGGAAUCUGGAUUUAAGAUUGCAGAGACAGCUUUCAGUGGUGGCCCUCUUGGUGAAUUAGUUCAGUGGAGUGAUUUAAUUACAUCUCUGUACUUACUGGGCCAUGACAUUAGGAUUUCAGCUUCACUGGCGGAGCUCAAGGAAAUAAUGAAGAAGGUUGUAGGAAACUGAUCUGGCUGCCCAACUAUAGGAGACAGAAUUGUUGAGCUCAUUUAUAUUGAUAUUGUAGGACUCGCUCAAUUCAAGAAAACUCUUGGACCAUCCUGGGUUCAUUACCAGUGCAUGCUGCGUGUCCUGGACUCAUUCGGCACAGAACCAGAGUUCAACCAUGCCAACUAUGCCCAGUUGAAAGGCCACAAGACCCCCUGGGGCAAGUGGAAUCUGAACCCGCAGCAGUUUUACACCAUGUUCCCUCACACCCCAGACAACAGCUUCCUGGGGUUCGUGGUUGAGCAACACCUGAACUCCAGCGAUAUCCACCACAUUAACGAAAUCAAGAGGCAGAACCAGUCCCUUGUGUACGGCAAAGUGGAUAGCUUCUGGAAGAAUAAGAAGCUCUACUUGGACAUCAUUCACACAUACAUGGAAGUGCAUGCGACUGUUUACGCCUCCAGCACAAAGAACAUUCCCAGUUACGUGAAAAACCACGGGAUCCUCAGUGGACGGGACUUGCAGUUUCUUCUCCGAGAAACCAAAAUGUUUGUUGGACUUGGGUUCCCUUAUGAAGGCCCGGCUCCCUUGGAGGCCAUUGCAAAUGGAUGUGCUUUUCUGAAUCCCAAGUUCAACCCACCCAAAAGCAGCAAAAACACAGACUUUUUCAUUGGCAAGCCAACUCUGAGAGAGCUGACCUCCCAGCAUCCUUAUGCCGAAGUGUUCAUCGGCCAGCCACACGUCUGGACUGUUGACCUCGAUAAUCAGGAGGAGGUGGAGGACGCCGUGAAAGCAAUUUUAAGUCAGAAGGUUACUUCUUUUAUUCCAUUUUCCCCCAUUUGUGAUGUGAAUGGGAUCAUGUGGAAAGCAUCACAGGCCCCUCGUUCAACUGAUAAGGAGCAGAAUGAGGUUGUGAAGCCAGGUCUGCUGACUUCCAAGUUCAUGGUCUUAGCCCCUCACAAGGAUCCCUGCAGGUGUUGGCACCUGAGUGUCAGUGAAUCAGUGGAGGACUGGAUUGAGCCAUACAUGCCAUAUGAAUUCACGUGCGAGGGGGUGCUACAGAGAAUCAACGCUUUCAUCGAAAAACAGGCCGGCACCAGCAGCGUUGCUGUGGCCCCGGGUGAUGGCACUUGUCCCAGAGCUAUACUUCCCAUCUUCUUUGAUCUCAAGGGGCUGCUGGCCCUUCCUGAAGGUGUAGACAGGGCGGCUGUGGCCUCUGACAGUGAGAUUUAA